UCAGAAGGAGACGACGUGACAGAGGGGAGUUGCGACACACGUCGGAUUGUUAUUGCUGGUGUGUUUUUUUUUCAGACAGCGAUUUGGAAGUUUCACGAGCAAUUGAAGAGGCUGUUUUUACACAAAUAAAGCAGCCAUGUUCCACAAAAGCUCACAGGGAAAAUACUGGAUUUUUGAAAGCGAAGACGACGUUGAGCAGAAGAGGUUCGAGGCCAACCAGAAAUUCCGUAACAAGAUACUAGAGAGCGGGAAGCCCGCAGUGAGUGAGUCCAAGUUGUUGGAACGUCACGAAGAAGACGUUAUAUUCCGAUACUAUGAAAAGAGGAUGGUUGACUUCUGCAAUGCCUUCAAACCUGUAAUGCCCAAGUCUGUUGUGGGUACAGCCAUCAUGUACUUCAGAAGAUUCUACCUGAACAACUCCAGUAUGGAGUACCACCCUAGGAUCAUUAUGCUGACUUGUGCAUACCUGUCCUGUAAAGUGGAUGAGUUCAACGUUUCCAGCACCCAGUUUGUGGGCAACCUUCUGCAGGAGACCCCGGCAGGGCAGGAAAUGGUUCUGGAACAGAUCCUGGAGUAUGAGCUGCUCCUGAUCCAACAACUCAACUUCCACUUGGUGGUCCACAACCCCUACAGACCAAUGGAGGGCCUGCUUAUCGACCUCAAGACAAGGUUCCCCACGCUGGAAAACCCAGAAUCCCUGAGGAAAAAUGCAGACGACUUUCUGACACAGGCAGCCAUGACGGACGCAGGUCUGCUGUUUCCCCCCUCUCAGAUUGCUCUAACAGCUAUUCUGAACAGCGCCUCGCGAGCCGGUCUCAGCAUGGAGAGCUACCUGACUGAAUGUCUGCAACUGAAAGAAGACAAAGAGACUCUAUCAAAGCUGUAUGACUCUAUGAGACGGAUGAAAACUCUCCUGAAGAAGUAUGAACUUCCUAAACCAGAGGAUGUUAAUGCUUGCAAAAAGAAGUUGGAAAGGAUUCAUGCUGAAUUUUCCAGUUCGAACAACAAACGGAAGAGAGGAUACGAAGAAGAGGGUCACGUAGCAAAAGAACCACGUUUAACAGAAGAGGAAUGGACUGACGAAGACUUGCUAUGAGCAUUUACCACAAUGGUUUGGGAUUUAAAGAUAUUAUUCUAGUAAACCAACAGUUUAUUCCAGUAGUGAACUGUCCAGAUCGGAAGACCAUUGCGUUACAGAAAAUACACGGAGAGUCAGACAGUUUGCAUAAGUGUACAUUUCAUAUUUUCUUUUUAUAAACAGAUUCAAUACUUUGG